UAUACGUUCUGCACUCAGACAGUAUAGAACAAGACGAGUUGGUUGCUAAUGUGCCAGACGAUUGAAAUACCUGGGAGCAUUCUUUAGACCGACUCGUCUGGUUUUUCUUUCGUGAUGCCGUCAGUUGCGGAGCGUCCGCGCUCGUCGCAAGAGGCCCUGCUGCGACUAGAAAAGGGCACCGCCUCCCCGACUAGCCAACUCAACGAGGCAACCCAAAUUAUCGGUCUUGAUCUGGCUUUAUGCGCCAGUCAUCCGGAAAUCAAUAGAGCCGCGCAAAUCCGACACAAUGCGGCCCCGAAGGAAGAGUGGGUUCUCCGGUGGCUUUUGAAGAAGUUGCGGACAGGGAAAAAUUAUCGUGUUGAGUCGGCUUCGUUCUUACUUCUACGGCAACUCGUGGAUCUUAUACCCCCGAAAACCUUGGCGACGACGUUGAAGGACCAGAAGUUCCUUGUGAUUCUGAACGAUACGAUUUCCGAUCUGGAGGAAGAUAUUUUUGCUAGUGUUGAGAAUGGAACGGCAGAGUUCUUGUGCUCGGAAUCGGAGUCCAGCCAGACGGUGGGGGAUGUGCCGGAGCCAAGGUCGAAGCGUGAUAAGAAGGGAACAAAGAGGAAGAGGGCCGGUCAAAAUGGUGACGGGGACCAAGGGGAUGCAAUGGAUACCGACGAAUCGCCGCAGUCGCCAGCCUCAUGUUUUUUGACUUUCAUCCGCUUACUGGACUGCCUUUACAGCAUCGUGACGCUAGCGAAUCGCACGCUUGCCCUUGAUGAAGUGGCCAGCUCUCAUCUGAAACAUGCGCUCAGAGGUGAACCGGAGUCAGUUGCUACGUUGUUGUCCAAGUCGUUCAGAUUGGCUGCUCUCGCUACUACCCAGUUUUCGCACGGACGAAAGACGACUGAUCUCCAGCACUUGCUCUACGUUCUUCCGGCAAUUUUGGAACUGUGGGAAUUAAGGUCAUUCCGUCGAGAUGAUUCUGAGAACAAUUCUAGCAACGAUUGUUUUGCGAAGCACUGUUUUCAACAUGCGAUGCGACUUCAGCAUUGCGUGCGUUCCGCUCAACUCGACACUGAUGAGAGAGCGCAGGUGCUGCAAGGAGUUGAGCGCAUAAUUGCACGUCAUGUUGUGCUUCCUGCGCGUGAAGGCUUCUUCAAGAGAGGAGGUUCAGGGAUAAAUUAUUCUUCAGCCGAUCCGGACUGGACUCCCGUCAAGCCAAUCACCGAUGCAUUGAAGCCAAUUAUUUGCGACACGGUAUCCGCCACAGAGAAGACUACGGAGAGAGCAGAUGCUAUGAAGAAGAAAGGUCUUUGGAAGACAGCCGAACUUUUACCCAACUUUUUCGAAAUUGCGUCGCGUUCUGUUCCUCGAGACACCUUCAGGCUCCAGACACACGAAGCUCCUUGGUUGGAGACCUUGUUCGUUGCCGUAGCUGAGCUUGCAUUCUCCAUUACCAAAGAGGAUAACCCAGCUACGUACUCUUCUGACUUUGUACUGCUUCUCGAACGACUAUUCCGUGUGGUCCUUGAUCGGAAAAUUCAACUGUCUCUGCACACCCUGCUCACCCAUGCUGCAUACACCGGUCUCCUCAAGAACGAGCUAACACAGGUUCACUGGAACCUGACAGCGUUGCUCAUUGAAUUGGGUGUCGACAUUUUCCUGCCGAAUUCGGGCCUUCCGGAUGCUGUCAAUCUCUUGAAUGCUUUACUUCAGAAGAUCUUGCUUCAUUGGAAGAGCAACGAGUCCCACCUGGAUUCCGAUUACGAACUGAUCAAGAGUGGGAUUGUGAUUCCUUUGCUGCGGGGGUUCACAGCUGCGAGAGAUUUGCCGACAUUCAUGCAGUUAUGGUACGAACAGCUCAUUGCCAUGGAGGAGGCGCGUUCCCAAAACAGCAACUUGGGUUCUUUCACAGUAUGGGAAGAUGAUGAUUUGUGCAACGUCUACAGUGAAGUGAUGCGGAAUCCUCUCACUAAUGCACACUUCCAAGCGCAAUUGCGAGCAGCUUCGGUUGAGAUUCAGCACGAAGAUGGUCGGGUGUCCGACUCAGCCGGGUCCUAUGCGCAGUUCGUGAUAUUGGAAGCGGGCAUGAGAAAGCGGAAUUUGAAUUUUGAAGACGCUAAUGAAUCUUUGCAUUCUAUCAUCGGAAUUGCAACAUCGACCUUAUCCUCUAAGCAAACGCUGCAUUGGAGAUGGCGGCUGUGGAGAUUUGCUCGGGACCUGUUGGAGAACAACCUGCAGUCCACCGACAAUCCCUUCGGUCACGCCGUGAUGAAAUUGACCGAUGUUGCUGCAAAGGCCAUCCAGCGGCACCGCAAAGACCAAAUGAAGAAGCCACGUGCGGCAUUGGAGUCUUUCGAAGCAUAUCGAUUUUCUCUCGUGGCUAUCAAGGAGUCUAUCGAUGCAGUUGGUUUAGACAAAUUCAACGCACUCACUCGCGAAGUUGCAGACUUCUGUAAGGUUAUUACCAAAGAGGAUGCGUUGGGCUCUAUGGCCUCGCCAUGGAAUGGUCGCGCCGAAACUCUUGAUCUCCAGGUCUCGCUUGCUUUGGGGUAUUUCCUGGCACUCGUGAGAAGCCCGGAUGUCUGGAGCUUGAUCAAAUACGACAUUAGGCGCUCCCUGUUUGAACAUAUACUGUCUCUGGCUGCUUCGCAGUACCAUGCAUCCUCAACUGGAUUGGAGAGAGCUCCGUUCCAUGCGAGGUUCCUUCAAGCUUGGGCCAGUGUGGUGUGUCAUGAAUACCUCCUCAAUGCGCCAGCCAUUACCAGUGACUUGAUUUUUGUGCUUUCGGAAUGCGUAAAGAGCGAUGUUUCCAACCGCAAGCUUUACGUUGAGAGUCUGCAGAGGAUUCCCGCCCCCUUGGUUACUCGCCGCCAGAGGGCGGUCCUUUUGGACUUGCUACAAGACGUCAUUCGCCAGGAGGAUAACCCACUGGAAAUUACGGUUGGUAUGUUGUCGCUGAUGGCCAAGUUGGCUGACAUGCCCAAGUCCGGAGCGGCUUUGACCUGUGAUUGGGAGCCUACGUGGAACGCUGCCAAAGCGGUUACUCUGCAGGGCACCGAAGUUGAUCUCCAAAUCAUGAAAGCAUUCAGGCACUUGCACAAGGCGGUUAUCGCCAAGCUGCUUGUUCUCUCGGACGAGGAGCGAAGCAAGCUGUUCAAGAAGAUGUACCGUAAAGUCACUUCCAAGGCGUCCAAAUUGAAAUCCAUCGACCGCGACUCCAUGGACUGCUUCUUCUUGCGGAUUUCACUGUCGCAGCUGUGGGUCCAUCGCCAACAACUGUCCGGUGUCCUAGACGAGACGGAGCUUGCAGCCUGCCGCCAGAAGGUGUUCGACAUGAUUGUGGCGGAAGUGAAGUCUGUCAAGGACCAAUGCAAAAAACAGAAGUUGGAAGAUACGAUUACCCUGAUCAAGGUUCUGGAUGCGCUGGAAGACUUUGAAGACCUGGCCACCGACAACGUCGAAGUGGACAAAUUCUUGUCGAAGAUCGAGAGUUAUGUUGAGAAAUCGAUCGACUCCGAGUCUCCCUUGAGAAGACUUAUCCGCCGUCGGGUGCUGGUUGGCCGGGGAGGAGCGAACAAGGAUAUCACCUCACCUGUCAUGCAGGUCGCUGAGACUCUCCCCUUGCAGCAAUUGUACGGCGAACAGCAACAACUAUUCAUCCGCGCUACGCUGGAACGGUUCCGAUCCAUGUCCGUGGAUAAUCUGACUGGAGUCAUCCAGCAAAUUCGGAGUAUCGGAUUUGAAGGGGACAACGCCGCCUACCGCUUGCUUGUCGCCAGUUUGGCAGUUGCUUCGAUGCCGGCUAUUGAGGAUAAGGAAAGCGCCGCAGCAAAGGAACUGUCGUCCCUGUGCACUGCGGUUACAGAGUCGAUGCCCUGUAGCCAGAGCAUCGAGCAUUUUACCUUCGCUACGGAAUGCUUGGAUAUGCUUCUCCGUACUCAUACACGAUGCAUCGCGCAGUGGAACAUUGACAACGUCCUGGCUGCGAUUGCGGUCGCUGCCUCAAAAGCAGGCCCUCGGAUCAGCACAGAUUAUGCCGCCCCGAUUUACGUCCGCCUUUGUCGGUUGAUGGGUGUACUUCUGGGUCUGCAUCGCCAGAAGCUUGGAGGCCGUUUCCACCUGAUCCUCCCGGCCAUGCAGCGGUUGCUGAACUGCCUAUUUGCGCGAUCUCGGAAACGGAGUCGAUCCAUGCGAUCGGAGAAGGGAUCGACCGAGCAGCCGCUCUGGCUUGCACCGUUGCAAGCAUCGCAUGCUGUGCAUUUUACCCGCUUACUCACAUCCCUCUGCGACCCAACCGUGUCCGCCGUAUCGCGACCCACCCAGUCCGGUCCUGGAGGACUAGAAGGCUUGACGGAUCAGACGAAGAAAGCCAAGCGGAUCGCAGGUCAGUACCUUCAGUACCUGAUUAUGGAGUACGCGCAGAGCUCCCUCCGCGGUUCCAUGACGCCUGAAGUGAAAGCGGCGAUUCUUCCGGGGUUGUACACGGCACUGGACGUGAUGUCGCGGGAGACGAUGCGGGCACUGAACGCAGGGUUGGACGCAUCUGGACGGUCAGUGUUCAAGACCUUGUACGAUGAUUACAUGAAGUUUGGAAAGUGGAACAAGGGGUAAUACUGUAUGCAUACUGUACUUCCGGAGACUAUAUUUUGCAUGAGAUACCAUUAAUGCAUUAGAAUAGAGAAUCAAUUAAUAUUAUUAAUGAUUCCAAACGCAUAAGCCGAUUUGAUCAUUGCACUACGGAG